UUGAUAUUUCAUUUGAUCAGUCAACUGAUUCACUACUUUUACAACUUAUUUUUUAAUUUUUCAGACGGCAUUUGAUGUGGAUCUGAAUAGUAAAAAGCAAGUUUUAUCUUCGAUCUCAGUAAAAAUGGAGGACAUUCAAGCAAACCCUGACGAAGCACAUGUGUAGAUACAAGUCAGAUCCUGAGCUUAUUUCAAAGCCACCGGGAAUCUAUUCUUUCAUAGAACAAAAUCACGGGGACUCAUUUGUCAAAAAGAGAAAUUGCAAAGAAUUUGAGGCAACAAGUAAUGUUCAACGAGAGAGCCGGAGUGCCAAUAAAUGUAACCAUAGACUCAGCCGAAAGAGUUACGAUAAGUUUGAAGCGGAACUAAAACAAGCUGAAGAUCUAGUCAGCCGUGCCAAGCCAACCUCUGAUCCAAGCUCAGCUCCCAAUUUAGGGACUCGUAGUAAAUCAAAAGCCAAGAAAUUUGAUAGGAGUGUCAUGUGGAAGAAGGCACGUCAGAAUAAAAAUGGCGAGUAUGAUGACAAGGAAAUUGAGAAGCAAGCGGCGAAAAUAGACAAGAUAACCAGACAGGUGGAAGAUGGAAGUUUAUCUAUUGAAGGAGCCAACGAUAUCCUAACUCUAGCCACUGGACGAGGAAUCCAUUCAUGUUGUGAGGAGAGGCAGCAAAACCUUGAUGCAACGGUUUCAGAUUUGAAAGUACAGGUCGAUGCACUGAAACAAAGCUUACCAAAUACACCCCAUUCUUACUAUGCUGGUUCAAACACCUUCGAAAAUUACAAUAUGGGUAGUCCACAGCUUCAUCCAAGUCCAAUGGUAAAUAAGGUGGUAACUGACGAUAAUAUGGCGCCUUUUGAUCCUAUUACAAUGGAAAAUAGGGUUCUCAAUGUAUUCUCACUUAGUGUUUGA